AUGGGUCCCCCUCAGGUUCUCUAUCGGACCCUAUGCAAAAUCGGUGACAAGGUUGUGUACCCGUUAUUGCCGGGAUUCGCAAAAGCAUCAUGGAAUCAUCCGGCAGGGCCAAAAACUGUGUUCUUUUGGGCUCCCACUAUCAAAUGGGGACUUGUCAUUGCCGGAUUCGCCGAUCUUGCUCGACCCGCGAAUAAACUUUCCGCUUCACAGAACACAGCCCUCAUGUUCACCGGAGCGAUAUGGGCACGAUAUAGUUUUGUAAUUAUACCUGUAAACUAUUAUUUAGCUAGUGUGAAUAUAUUUUUAUUCAUCACUGGAUUUGUGCAACUCUGUCGGAUAGCACAAUAUAGACGUAAUGAAGAGAGAAGGAGGAGCGUCAAUGAUGAAGCUGAAUCCUGA